UAGAACUGAGGAGCCAGCAGUCAGUGUGUGUGUAGCAUCAGUGGAAGACAUGGACUAUCAGACAUUUUUCUUGACUGUCGCUGCAGUGCUUGUUCAGCAAGCUGUAUGUGCUCCAGAGUUUUCACUCUUCCAUCCUCGACCUCUACACCAUGGAUCUCAGCCUCAUCAUCACGCUGUCCCUGUGGUACAACAUAACGGUUUCCUAGCAGACACCCAUGAAGUAGCAGCAGCGAAGAGUGCUCAUCUGGCAGCUGUGGCAGCCCACGGUCAUCAUCAGUAUCCAACUCAUCAUCAGGAAUACUCUGGUCAUCAGGAAUACCCAGUUCAUCAUCAGGAAUACCCAGUUCAUCACCAGGAGUACCCAGUUCACCGUCAAGAAUACCCAGUAUAUCAUCAAGAAUACCUAGUUCACAACCAAGAACUCCCAAGCCAUCAUCAAGAACUCCCUGUUCAUCAUUUUGCAGAGGAACACGUUCAGAAAUACCAUGGCCCCUUUGCCAUUCCUAUAGUCCUGCACAACGGUCAUCUCGCUGACACUCCAGAAGUGGCAGUUGCCAAAUCCCAUCAUCUUGCUGCCGUCGCUCAAGCUAAAGCCGACAAGUACUACAGCGGCCAUCAAGAAUACGGUUAUGGAGGAAGUUACGGAUACAGCGGAUCUCACCACGGAUAUGGUAUCCCUGUGGUCCUACCAAACGGUCACAUUGCAGACACCAAAGAAGUCGCUGCUGCCAAAUCUGCUCAUCUCUUGGCAGUUGCCAAUGCUAAGGCUGAAAAAUACUAUGCCGGCCAUGGAGAUUACGGGUACGGAGGUGCUUAUGGAUACAGCAGCUCACACCACGGCUAUGGUAUUCCAGUUGUACUACCCAAUGGACAUUUGGCGGACACUCAUGAAGUGGCUGCUGCCAAGACUGCACAUAUGGAAGCUGUAGCUCAUGCUAAGUCCCAAUCUCAUCAUGAGCAUGAGCAUGAGCCGCUGAGUUACUAUGUGCCUCAUCAUGCAGCUCAUCCUUCAUACGAUCAUUCCUAUAAUUAUGCUAGCUUUUUCUAAUUUAUGAAAAAAAUAUCUAGUUGAUCUACUGGUUACUCAUAAAAAUAUUUAUUAAUACUAACAUUUGAAGUUUGAAUACUUGUAGAAGAUCAAUUUGAAAUUAUAUCAAAUUAUUUCAUUGCUCAAUCCAAAUAAUCUAGUUGUAUGUAAUGAUCAAUAUU